GCAGAGAAAAAAAGACCCGAGAGCAACUGAGGCAUGUGGCAGAGCAGGAUGUCCUCUUAAAUAUCGUCUUGUUGGAGAGUUUAAACCCUGGAAGAGGCAGUUUGUGGAAGAAAAACACCAGAUCUCCCACCUCCGUUAGUCUCAGACGUUUUCUGGAGACAUGAUGGCGAAUGAAGGAUGUGGUUCAGAUCCUCCACUGAAGCGCACCAACAGCUUUCCGUUUCUUCCCCCGAACAUGUCGGAGCUGAGGCUGGUUCUGUUGGGGAACAGCUGGUCUGAGAGGAGCUCAGUGGGAAACUUCAUUCUGGGAGUGAACACAUUCAACACAGAGGAAGAACUGGAUCGGUGUGUUCGUGUCAGCAGGGAGUCUAAGGACAAAAGAGUCACUCUUAUCAACACCCCAAACCUCUUACAACCAAACAUCUCUCUGCCAGAACUGACAGAACAUGUAGAACGUUGUGUGAGUCUCUCUGAUCCUGGACCUCAUCUGUUCCUGCUGGUUAUUCAGCCUGAAGUCUUCACUGAGCAGAACAGUCAGAGGCUUCAGUCCAUCCUGGAGAGCUUCAGUGAGCAGUCAUGGACUCAUUCAGUCUUACUGAUAUCAGCAGCUGAAGAGGAGACGUCACAACCUCCUGAGGAAACUUUCCCCUCAUUGAGAGACUUGAUGAAGAAAUGUAGAGUCAAACUGUUGUGGAACAAAAAGCACCAACAACACCUGUUGACAUCCAUGAGGGACCUGAUGAAGGAGAACAACGGAGAGCCUGUGACACCAGAAGUUUCCAGAGUUGCACGUUCAGAUUUAUCUUCUGGUCCAAAAGGUUUGAAGAAAGAUGGAGUUUCUACCAGCUCCGACCAGGAUCCUGUGGAAGGAAACAAACAUGGACUCAGGAUCAUGUUGUUUGGAAAAAGAGAUGACAAGAAAACAUCAGUGGGAAACCUCAUCACUGGAAAACAAGAGUUUAAAGCUUCAUUCUGGUUUCAUGAAGGAAAACCGUGUGAAUCUGUCAGUGGAGAGUGGAACAGAAAACCUUUGACUGUGGUGAAAACUCCAGACGUCUUUAAUCUGUCAGUGGAAGCAGUGAGAAAGGAGAUGGAGAGGUGUGUGGAGCUCUGUUCUCCAGGACCAAAUGUUCUGCUGCUGCUAGUGAAACCCUCUGAAUUCACUGAAGAGGACAGAAAAACUCUGAUGUUCAUCCUGAGUCUGUUUGGUCAGGAUGUCUUCAAACACUCCAUGGUUGUCCUGACCCAUGAAGACGAAGGUCGUCACCCCACAGUAGACACACUCAUCCAGGACUGCCAGCAAAAGGUUCACAGCUUCACUGCUGACUGGAAGAAUCCUUCCAAACAUGACUUUCAAGAGUUGAUGCAGAAAGUGGAAACUAUAGUGAACACCCUCAGAGGAGGGUUUCUGGUCGUAGAUAAAGAAACAGAUGUUGGACCAGUGAGAAGAGAAGCCAAACCUCCUGUGAACCUGGUGUUGUUUGGUAGAAGAGGAGCUGGAAAGACGUCAGCAGUCAAUGCUAUACUGGGACCAGGAAGGUUUGGACCAGCUGCCAACUCCUCAGAGUGUGUCAGAAACCAGGGAGAGGUGUGUGGACGGUGGGUCUCUGUGGUGGAGCUGCCUGCUUUGUAUGGAAGACUUCAGGAGGAGGUGAUGGAGGAGGCUCUCAGCUGUGUCUCCCUCUGUGAUCCUGAAGGUGUCCACGCCUUCAUCCUGGUCCUGCCUGUGGGUCCACUCACUGAUGAAGACAAGAGAGAGUUAGAGACCAUCCAGAAGACCUUCAGCUCUCGAGUCAAUGACUUCACCAUGAUUCUGUUCACUGUGGACUCAGAUCCUUCACAUCCAGAUGUUCUCAACUUUGUCAAAAAGGACGACGACAUGAAGGAACUAUGUGAGAGCUGUGGAGGAAGAUUUGUCAUUGUCAACAUCAACAAGAUCCAAGUUUCUGAGCUGCUGAAAGUCGUGGGGAGGAGAUCUGACACUUUCACAAUACAAACACUUGCAUCUGGACAACGAAAUGAGAUCAUUCAAAAAGACACAAGAGUCAACGAGCUGAAGGCUGAACUAGAGGAACUGCAGAAGAGCAGAAAGACUGGUGUUGAAGAAAAGCCGAGGACAGACUGUCUCCGAAUCGUUCUUCUGGGGAAGACUGGCAAUGGAAAGAGCUCCUCAGGAAACACCAUCCUGGGAAAAGAGGUGUUUAAAGCGAAAUCAAGCCAAACAUCCGUCACCAAAUGUUGUCAGAAAGCAGUGGGUGAAGUGGACGGUCGUGCUGUGGCUGUGGUCGACACUCCUGGACUGUUCGACACCAAUUUGUCCAUUGAACAAGUUCAAGAGGAGCUGGUGAAAUGUGUCAGUCUUCUGGCUCCAGGACCACACGUCUUCUUACUGGUGUUACAAAUUGGGCAACUCACCCCAGAAGAGAAGGAGACUCUGAAACUCAUCAAGCAGAGUUUUGGUAGCAAUUCUGAAAAAUAUACCAUCGUUCUUUUCACACGAGGAGAUUCACUGGAGAAUGAGAAAAGGACCAUUGAAGAAUAUAUCCGUGAAGAAUGUGAUGAAUCCUUCAAGAAGUUGAUCAGAGACUGUGGAGACAGAUACCACGUGUUUAACAACUAUAGCAGUGAUAAAAACACUCAAGUCAGUGAUCUGAUGGCAAAGAUCAACGCCAUGGUGGAGGAAAACAACGGCUUGUGCUACACUGAUGAUAUGAUGCAAGAAGCUGAAGCAGCCAUCCAGAAAGAAAUGAAGAGACUCCUGAAAGAGAAAGAAGAAGAGAUGCAGAAAAAGAUUGAAGACAUUGAAAGAAAACUUAAUGAAGAAAAGGAAAACAUGAGAAGACAAAUGGAGGAGCAAAAAACAGAAAUUGAACAGGAGAUGCAGCAGAAGGACAGAAAACUGAGAGAAAUGAAAGAAGAAAUCAGCUCCUUGUUGAUGAAACAUGAUGAACAAAUGAAACAAAAAACCACUGAACAGGAACAAGAACAACUGCAGAAAACCCAGGAAAAAGAACUCAUUGAUUUGAUCGAGAAACUUCUUCAGACAGAGGAGCCUCAAUCGUCCUGUGUUUUUUCGUGAGAAUCUUUUGGUGACUUCCAGGCCGCCACGGUGGAGCAGCGGUUUGCCCGUACACCUCACAUCCUGCAGACUCCAGUUUGAUUUCUCUGUUUUUCUGGAUGGAGUUUGUAUAUUCUUUCUUUUCUUGCAUUGACCUGCUUCCUCCAGCAGUCCAAGGGCUUGUUGGUUUAUUUAGAUUAGAUUAGAUCAGAUUAGAUUAGAUUAGAUUAGCCUUUAUUCAUCCCACUACGGGGAAAUUCACUUGUAUACAGCAGCAAAAAGGGCACCAAUUGCAGUCAGUGUUCCAUUAAAAAAUUCUAUACCUCGUAAAUAAUAUACAACAGAAUAUAAAAACAGAUAAAGAACGAACAAUGAACACUAUACACACUAUAUACACAAUGUCAUAUUGCACAUUAUUUGCUGACCUCCUGAAGGUCAACAUCAAAAGACCUUCAACCAUAUCAAGGCCCGUGUUCUGACUGAAAUAACAAAACAAUAUUCUCACAUUUAUAUUGAGAAGAGUGGAUUUUUUGGCCUCCUUCUCAUCUCUGGACUCUGUGGCUUUGGUUUGUUGUGCACUGUGUGUCUGUGUGACAGAGGGGAAGAGAACCAGCCUCUGACAUGUGACAUAUGGGUUGAUGUUGUGAUACCACAUGGGUUUACUUUGGGAUGUCCUGAUCAGAAUUAUUGGCCCCAAUGUUUUUAUCAAAUGUCUUUUUGGAAUUGAGCUUCAACAGACUUCUUUUUCACCUUCCUCUUCUUUGUAAUAACUUGUUCACUGCUGUGUAGCUGAAGCUGCUGCAGUGGAACUCUUAGAUGGUUCUUUACAACAAACAGCUUCAGGAAAUAGAUCAGAUGUUUUCAAUCACAGACUCAUUCAAACAUGCAGAAAUUGUCCCGAUCCGAUCAGGACAUCCCUAAAGUUGGCACACGGCAAUUCAUUUGUUUUGUAAUGGAGUAUUAUUGUAGCUAAGGCUGUCUUGUUAAUAUCAGCAUGUUGUUGAAUCAGUUACUCUGUCUGAUUACACCCAAUAUGAGGAAUGUCAUUUUUAAUGUUUCUGUGCAUUAAGCUCUUACUUCAACACCUUUUUUUUACGCCUCACAUCCUGCAGACUCCAGUUUGAUUCUAGUCCUUUUCUGCAUGAAGUUUGCAUGUUCUCCCUGUUUCUGCAUUGACUCGCUUCCAACAGCAAUCCAAGGGCUUGUUUAUUUGCUGACAUCCUGAAGGUCAACAUGUGUCAAAAGACCUUCAACCAUAUUGAGGCUCAUGUACUCACUGAA